AAUUCCAGCCAAAUGAUUAUUCAUUAACAUUUUUGGUCCUCCUACAUUUACCAACGAUUAUAAAUGAGUUGAACACAAAUUUAAAACUGAUUUAUUAAUCUUACAAUAUGGUAAUCAUAGAAAAUAAAUCAGAAAAAAAAUUAUUCUACAUGGUAUACAAGCUAAAGGUGACCAUAAAUACCACAAACCUUGCUGAAAGAAUAAGUUCAAGUAAUUUAUGAUUCUGAUGAAUCAUGACUUUAAGCCACACAAGAUAUUUGACGUCAUUCCUUAAUAGAAUUAAAGAAAAUGUAGAUCAGCUUGAUAAAAAUCUAAUCCAAUUAUCAUUAGUAUAUGAGGAUAUCUUUUAUGCAAGUUUCUUUCACUUUAACACUAUGGUGGUUUCUUUUCGUGUCUACAAAAAAUGCUCUCCAAACGGAAAGAUUAUCAUAUAUUUGGCUAAAAGAGAAUAUGUGGAUCAUAUCAACUGUGUAGAUCCUAUAGAUGGCGUUGUCGUGAUUCACGAUGAUUACCUGAAAGAGCGAAAGGUAUUCGGCCAAGUCGUGGCCACUUUCCGUUAUGGUAGAGAGGACGAUGAGGUCAUGGGACUUCACUUCUACAAGGAACUUUACCUGUGCGUGGAACAGAUCUAUCCUCCUCCCACAGAUAAGGAAUAUACUCCGACUAAAAUACAAGAGAAAUUGAUGAAAAAAUUGGGUCCAAAUGCUUAUCCAUUCUACUUUCAGUUGCCAAUCAAUGCUCCCCAAUCUGUAAUACUUCAGCCCGGUUCCGAAGAAAGUGGCCAACCCUGCGGCGUUUAUUACGACGUUAAAUUAUUCGCCGGACAAUCGGUUGAAGAUAAAAGCCAUAAAAGGAGUACAGUCCGUAUGGGAAUAAAAAAGAUUCAAUGGGCUCCUAUAACCCAAAGCAGACAACCAUCAACAAUCGUUAGAAAAGAUUUUCUCCUGAGUCCCGGAGAAUUGGAACUCGAAGUUAAUUUGGAUCGACAAGUAUACUUUCAUGGAGAACAAAUCACCGUUAAUAUAUCCGUCAGAAAUUACUCUAAUAAAACCAUCAAACGCAUUCGAGUAACCGCCGUUCAAAAUAUCGACAUUUGCAUGUUUGCAAGUGGACACUGCAAAGAGAUAAUUGCUUCGGUCGAUACGGAUAAAGGAUGUCCGAUUCUUCCCGGUGCCUCCAUUCAGAAAGUGGUAAUGUUGACACCCACCACUGAAUUACGUCGCCGUGGCGUUGCCUUAGAUGGACAAUUAAAAUCGGACGAUGUAAACUUAGCCUCUUCUACUCUUCUUUCUGAACAAGAUCAAAGAGAUGCAUUUGGGAUUAUAGUUUCUUAUUAUGUUAAAGUGAAGCUGUAUUUAGGAGCUUUAGGAGGAGAGGUGUCAGCCGAAUUACCUUUCAUUCUCAUGCAACGUUGUCCAAACAAAACUGAAGUAAGAACGGAUAGCAUGGAUAAAGACAUGGAAGUGGCGCAAUUUAGAAGUUCUCGAGACAAUACUUUGGAUGAAGAAGGAAGCCAGGGAAAUCCCGUCUUCGAAGACUUCGGAAAAACUGCGCUUAUUAAAUCUUAAGAACAAAAAAAAACAAGUACUAAAAAAGUUUGAUUUAAUGAUGAUUUUUUUUCUAAAUGACUAAAAGAAAGUAACUUGUAAUACUAAGAAAAUGUAUAUUCAAAUUGUUUUACAAAUUCUUAUUAAUCGCAUAAAAAACUUUAGUUUCUAAAUUAAAAUUUUUCAUCUAUUAAUAAAGUCACGAUUUUAGUAGUUAAUUAUGUUAAAUAAAUUUUGAUUAUUCUGUUUCAAAUGGUUUAAUCAAUUACAUACAUAAUUAUAAAAUAAAACCAACAAUGAAUUGUUCAACU